CAAUCUAGGGUGUGCGGAAUGAAAUUGGGAUUGCUGAGCGAACGCAUGCCCGUCCCGGAUGCCAAGGAUCGAACAAUCCAACUUGAAGCCUGAGCUCCAUUAUUAACGCACCAUGAUUCAUCUUGCGCGAUGCCGUGAUGGUGCUGAAAUGUGUGUGCAGAAAAGCUCAUUUCACCGAAGGAACGGGACCUGGCGACGAGCUCACAUGGCGGGUCUUCCAACGAGAAGAUACGUCAACCACCGAGUUCUGGGCUGCAUUCAUUCGGCAUGCAUUGGCCCGGGGCACCAAGAGACUGAUCCCUCAUCGACAAUCCCGUCGACGCUUGGGGCUCGUCCACGCUCGGCUUCAGCGUCAGGCGAGUUAUGCUAGCGUUAUAAGAAGGCUUUUCUCAGGCAGACACGAAACACUGCAUCGCCAACAAAAACCACCACACACAACCUCGCGAGGCUUUCGCAACGCUUGCAGUCAUCAAUUUAGCAUAAAUCCGGCACCUGCCACCGUCGCUCCUCGCAAUCUCUUGGCUGUCGAACCACGUCAGCCACCAAGCUCGGCCUCUCCGCAUUUGUCCACCAGAGAAGCAGAGAAGCCUUCGAGAAGCACCCCUUCCCCACACCACUGGACGAGGUCCGUGAUUGUGUCGCAGAAGCAAGUGCCUUAGCCGGUGCGAGCUUUGUAGCGUUAGUCGAUCGUGCCCGAUCCACUACGCCGUGCUGUGCCGGUGUUCACGGCCUGCUGCGUGCUUCGGAGAAGAGUAUCUCUCAUUGCCGUGCUGAUUUCUCAGAGUACUGAAUGCCAGGGACGCGCAGGGGUCCUGUGAAGAUGGAAAGCCUUCUCCCGCUCGCUUUUCUUCCUUUCUCGUUGAUGCAGCGAGUCUCGUGAGCAUCAUCUCCCCCCACCCCAUACUCGCCACUGGCGUUGGCGAGCUUCCCAGAGAUGUGCAGCAAGCGGCAGCCUAUUUCGGGUAACGAGAGACGCUGAUAAUCGUGAACUGAGCCUUGUACAUACUGUCCAUGACCACGGUACCGAUAUGAUAUUC